AUGAGCAAUCCGAUUGAUGAUGAAGAUGAUGACUCAACAUUUGACGCUAUUGAAAAACGCCAUGAAAAUGUUGAAACAAAUACUUUAGAUACAAUGGCAACAACAACAUUGAUUGAUGAUAAAUGGUCAUGUCCAGUAUGUACAUAUUCUAAUUUUGCUGUUGCACAAAAGUGUACCAUGUGUCGACAAUCAAAAACAACAACACUGAAUACGGCGUCAGCCGAUAUUUAUCAAUUAAAUGCAUCGACAGAAUCUAAUACACAACAAGAACAAGCACAACAGCAAAUACCAGUGACUUAUAUUAAUUCAGUUGAAAAAUGGCCAUGUGAUCAAUGUACAUUUCUCAAUUAUCCAAGAGCUGUACGUUGCACACAAUGUGGUUCAUAUCGUUUUAUUGGAACAUCACGUCUUUCGCCUGUUCAACCAUCAACUGAUACAAAUACUAAUGAACGAAUAUCGCCAGCACCAUCAAUUGCUGAUACACGUUUUGUUUCACAACGAUUACGAAAAUGGACUUGUACUCGAUGUACAACUGACAAUUAUCCAGCAACAAAAAAAUGUAUAUCAUGUGGAUAUUUUCGUCAUCAUAAUACGAAUAAUCCUAGUCCAAUAGUAUCAACACCAACUUGUUCAUCAACUCUUCUUGGAACGGAUGAAGAACAACGUAUGAAUGCAAUAAAUAAAUCUAUGGAAAAUAUUAAUGUUGAAAGAAUAUCAAAUAAAGAAAGCAAACAAAAUCGUCUAGGUAUUGAAAAACGUUCAAUGGCGAAUAAAAGAAAUUUAUCGUCAGCAACAUCAGAUCGUUUAUGGUUAAAAGCUUGUCAAACAUUACUUGAUCGUGGUUCAUUAACAAUUGUUUUUGAAUAUUUAAUUUGUGGUGGGGACCCAACACGACAAAUAACGAUUGAAGAUACUCAAUAUCUAAAUUGUUCGUAUUUGUCGUCGAUUGAUCUUGUUGGGCGUACAUUAAAAAAUUUAGCAAAUAUAACUGGACAAAUAGAACAAUUUUGUAAAUUUGAAACAGCAUUUCAACAGCUAAUGAGGCAACAGAAAAAAUUGCCGCAUCAAAGACGUGUACCAGCUAAUAUAUGUAACCGAAUAAACCGAAUGAUUCAACAGUUUUUUCAUAGUUAUUUAAAGUUAAGAAAAGUAACCGAUUUUCAAUGUUACGUUUUAACAGAAUGGUUUACAGCUACUUUACCAGCAGAAAUUCUUGACUUUUCUCAUCGAACACAACAACAAAUAUUUGAUGAUAUAUUAGAUCAACAAGUUCAACAAGAACUUGAAAUUGAUAAUAGAAUAAUUAAUUGGAAUACUGAAGUAACAAAUCGAUUUCAUUCUCGUCUAUACGCUUUAUGGAAUCGAAAAAAUGGUGAUUGUUUAUUAGAUAGCGUUUUACAAGUUUGCCUUGGAGUAUGGGACACAGAGAAUACAUUACGUCGAGCAAUGGCUGAAUGUUUAGAGAAUAGCUCAAAUAAAUUUUUUGAACGCUGGAGUGAAUAUGAACGAUUAGUUGCUGAAAAACAAGAAUACAGACAAGAUGAACAUCAAUUACGGAGUGAUUGGAAUGAUGUAUUAACAUUUGCAAAUCAACCUGGUGAAAGUUUAGGACAUGCACAUAUAUUUGCAUUGUCACAUAUACUACGUCGGCCAAUUAUUGUUUAUGGUGUAACAAAUGUUAAGUCAUAUCGUGGUGAAUAUUUUAUUGGUCUUGCUCGUUUUCAAGGUGUCUAUUUACCAUUACUUUGGGAUAUUCAUUUUUGUUCAAAAUCCCCUAUAUGCCUUGGCUUUACACGAAAUCAUUUUUCUGCUCUUGUACCUAUGCAAGAGCGUAUUACUAUAGCAUCAUCAUCAUCACGUUCAUCAUCACCAUUAUUUCAUAAUCAUGAUGUUGAUAUCCAGCAAAGACCAUCGCCAUCGUCAUCGUCAUCACCAUCAUUUAUAAGUAAACAGCCACAGCCACAGUCACAGCCACAGCCACAGCAGCAGCAGCAGCAACAACAACAACUACCGAAUGAUACCAGUGAUACACAAAUAUUCUAUCAUCCGUUGAUGGAUUGUGAUGGAAAUCUCUUACCUGUUCAUUUUCUCACAUCAUCUGAAAUUGGACAUGAACAAGCCAUUCUUCAUCAAUGGCUUGAUUGUGGUUUUACAAGUAAUGGUUUAUUAGUAGCUAAACAAAAAGUUGGAAAACGUCCUCAGGUGUGUCAACAGUCACUCGAUGCAUGGCUUAAUCUUUAUUCGUCAAAUGGUAGUGCUCGUCGAAUAGAUUCAUCAUCGAGAUAG